AUGCCAAUCCCUAGGUCCCAAGUCCAACUCAGCCCCCAGAACCUGGGGAAAGCUCUCGCCGCGGCCUGCCACGGCACGGGGGAACGGGUUGCGGGUGAGCGAACCUGGAAGCUGAAGCUUGCUAAGGUCACGGGUGGGCCCGUGCCCGGAAAAGACCAGAAACGGACGAUACUCCACUAUUUCGCACCUGUCGCGGCUGUGGCCUCAGGCCACACUUUGCUCGGCUACGGGUCCAGCCGCCGAAACCGAAAGCUCAAUCGGAGGAAAAAGGCUCGUUUUGAUAGCUUCACAUCGAACCUCCGAAUACCGCCCGCCAUCUAG